GAUAAUAAUACAGUUUAGUUUAUAUUUUACAGAUAAUUCCAGAGUUGAGGAGUUCUUCUGGAUACACUGUCGCCUAGAUUUCUUGGGAUAGAGAACUGUUCUACAAUGGACUGACUUACCAUGAAUGAUACAUUUGCCUCGUUUAAAGAUCCUUUAAAAAUAGAAAGUUACUUUUUCUUGUAAGAUAGAAAGAUAGAAACAGUGUUUUACCAAAAGUGCAAAAUCAAUUUAAUCAUAGUCUCAUUAAGAUAUAAAUACAUUGUAAGAAUUCAAAUGAAUUUAUAGGUACUCGUAUAUUAUAAGCUUAAUGAAAUGAUAUGUUCGGAAGAUAUACAUUUAAUGAAUGUACAUGCGUUUGGCUAGCAAUUGAACUUCUAUGGACUACAUUAUCCUCACUGAGGAUAAUAUUUUUUGGCAAUAAAUUGUGGGGUGGGGGUUGUCAGGCCGUCAGAAGAUGGUAGCUGGUCUUGAGACUUGGUAUCUUUCUACUCCCCCCUCCCACGACGGAGUUAGGGUUGAGCAGCCGCCUCGCAGCACACUGACUGGGAAAGUAUAUUCAUAUAUGUAAGUUUUCCGUGAAGAAAUUAAAGAAAAUUGAUAUUUUAUAUGAUUGAAGUUCAGUUGGACAGGAUAUGAUUAUAAAGAAGGUUUAUUCAGGUUUUUUUUUUUGUAUAUAAAUAUGUGCAGUUUUCGCUCAAUUAAAAACAAAAUAGUAUUAAAGUUCAUGCAUGAUGUGUUGUGUUAAAGCUUGAAAUGUGUUAACAAUGUGGAUAUAUGACAAUGCAGACAACAAAUCCUAAAAUACAGUUAUGUAUUUGUUCUCUUUGUACUUUCUUCCCUCGAUUUACUUUGAUUAUGGGAUAAAUAAUUUAUUUACGUUUGAGCGUAGCGAAUUAGGAAAUAAUUACAUUUUGUCCUCUUCCUGUCAAACAGGUUGAGAAAACUUGUCAUAAAUAAAUAGAUUAGAUGUACACCUUUAUAUUUACAUAGUUCGAAUUUCAUUUGAUCAACAAUUAUCUCAUUUCUUUAAAUGAAAUUUCAUUAUUGCAACAUUAUGGUAAAGAAUUCCGACAAUAGGCGGAUUAAACCCAUAAAAUGAGACCGUUUUAUGUUUGCGUUUGAUUUAUAUUGAUUUGAUAAAGGUAUAAUACAAUGCUGGUGUGAGCGACGAAAUAUUGUUAUGUUAACGGGUUAAGAAGAGCCGUGCAAACUAAAUUGUUCUCUUUGUAAACAAAUUACAUUUUCCUGUUUAUGUACCGUACGUUAUAUAUGUUUGUCCGAUACUCAUUCUUGACCACACGGUUUUUUGGUUUAUACUAGUUAUGAAUCAUGGGAAAUGUGCUUAAAUUUUUGCUCUUUAAAAAAGGACAUUAUAAAUAUUUGAUUAUUUGGUUCAUGAUAAUUAUUUUUGCUUUCAACAUGAAAAUGUAUUUUAGAGAGACGGAGCUUAAUAGCAUAACUAAGAGAAUUACAGAAACACGAGAUAUAGAUUAUCUAUAUAAAUUACCGAAAAUUGAACAUUUUCAUGUGGAUAAAUAUGUUCUAUUGACAAAUUCUGUUGCAUUGAAAGGUCAUUUUAAUUAUUCGGGACACAAACGAAGCCAGGUGUUACAGAUAGAUGGUCUUUCAAAUUUUAUCAAUCUAGCGAAGCCUGUUUUGCUGCCCGAUGAAAAAUUCGGAGGAAGUGUAAAAAGGAAAGAUAAAUAUUUCAAGGAUGAGCGUAUGGUAACAGACGUCAAUUGUCGCGCAUUAAUUAAAGGCGACAAAAAUGAACUUGAGAAAUUAAAAAAUGAAUACACAGACUGGUUCCAUACAAGAACUGCUAUUGAACCUAAAGACUAUAUAAAUAUGACAGGUAAUUGUACGCAAUUUGUUAAACAAAGGGGCUACAUAAUGCACCACCUGACGACAAAAGAGAAAAACUUUCCCAUCGCAUACAGCAUACUGAUGUAUAAAGAUGUAGAACAAACCGAAAGGCUUCUUAGAGCAAUUUACAGACCACAGAAUGUAUACUGUAUUCAUGUUGACUCUAAAAGCAGUGAGAAGAUAUUUAGAGCAAUGUCGAACAUAACCAGCUGCUUCGAUAAUGUCUUUCUGACGAACAAGAGGUUGAACAUCCUCUGGGGCCGGCUGUCAGUACUGUCUGCCGAAUUGCUCUGUAUGGAAGAACUUUGGAACAAAAGUAUAACAUGGAAGUAUUUCAUAAACUUGACAGGACAGGAGUUUCCACUUCGAACGAACUACGAGUUGGUUCGAAUCCUGCAGUCAUAUAAUGGAGCAAAUGAUGUGGAAGCCACUAUAGAAAGAGCUAACCGAUAUCGUUGGACCUGGGCAGGGUCUCCGCCGCACAAUACAACAGCAGUGAAGGGCUCUGUACAUGUAGCUGUACAGAGAGGCUUUGUUGACUAUGUUCUACAUGACGAAAGAGCAAAGGGUAUUCUUAAAUGGGCAAAAAGAACAUUUGUUCCCGAUGAAACGUUCUUCGCCACACUGAAUCAUAACCCUAUUUUAAAUGUACCAGGAUCAUACCGGGGACUGCCUGAAACAACGAUGUGGAACGAUUCGAUUAAACCUUUUAUGGCACGGUUCAAGAACUGGGGUGGUAAAUUAACAAAUUGGCCAUGCAAAGGAAAACGUGUGCAUGGGAUUUGCGUGUUUGGAAUUGCUGAUCUGCCCCUUCUAGCUUCACGCGGAGAGAUGUUCGCAAAUAAGUUCCAUUUAGAAUAUGAACCACGUACAUUAGACUGUCUUGAGGAGUUGUUGUAUAACAACAGCCGAGAAGAGUAUAGAGGAAAUCUUGGAUUUGAUGUUAGAUGGUACUCUCAACUAGGUUUUGUCAAAAACAAAAUCAAUUAAUGAAUUAAUUGAUAGAUAGUGAAAGCUUAUUUUGACGGAUAUCUCCAUUACAUCAAGUGCGCUCGUAAAUUAAGCCAAACACAACAUUUAUUUGUGUUGUUCGAUUUGCUUCAUGUUCUUGAAGGCAAAACAAUCAAUUUCUACAACCAGGGCAGACGUGAACUUGAGCUUCUAGUUAGAAAUGAUGCAGAAAGUGAUGAUCUAUCUUCAGCUGUAUAAUAGGAUUGUUUCAAAUUUCCAUAUACAAAGUAAUAACUGUAAAAUUAAUACAGGGGUAUAAUUAAUUUCAUGUAUGGUUACUUUAUUUUUCGAUAGAUUUAUGUAAGGGAUUAAUUUGAUAAAUCAAAUAUUGUUGAAAUACUUAAAGUUGAUUUGUAUACCUCGUAAAAUAUUUGAUAGAUAUAUUUGGCUAAUCUACUUUCUUAACUUUUCUUAAAUUGGAAAUCUGUGGAAAAGUGACAAAGAGUGAAGACGGCAUUAGUGAAAACCUACAGUAAAAGAUUUAACCGAGCACAAUAAUAGAAGAAAAACAUACAAUGAUAACGAUAAGACAGAGAUAAUGGAUCUAUUCAAUUUUACUGUAAUACAGUUCCGCUAGUGGAUAGUUCAUUACCUCCCACGAAUAAACUG